AAGGCUCCCGAUCGGCGCUCCUGGUACACGCGCUUCAACUUCGGUUGGUGUGUGUCGAAGAAACCCGAAGAGCCCUCGGAGAACGGCGGAGAGGGUCCACCGAACCUCGCAGAAAGCUCCGCUGAGCGGGCUCGUAGCCGGAGUCUCUCCGUGCUGCGGAGCACCCAGCGGUGCCCACGCCUGGCACAGGUGUGGGACCCCCGUCCUUCCUGUCUUCGCAGAGGAGUCCUCGCGUGGUGAGUAUGCGAUACUAAAACCAUCAGACAUGGGCCUCAGUAAAGGCCCCACCCCAGUGACUGUGAUUUCCACAAACAAAAAGCUUUUGAAAACAAAAAGAAGGAGGGGUGGAAGAGGAGGCCAGGAUCCAGGCCUCCACAGGAGCGACCACACCCGUGGGAGGUCCCCUCCCACCUCAGCCGUCAACCUGGGGCCCGACUGCCCUCCUCCUCCUCCUCCACCGCCCCCAAACGAUCCCAACAAGCCCUCCUCUUCCUGCAAUUCCUCGUCCUCAUCUUCCUCAUCAUCAUCCUCCUCACAAAGUGGGCAACGGGCCCAAUAUUCCAACCUAGAUCGUAGACGAGACGAUCUCUCUGAGGAGAUCAACAACCUAAGAGAGAAGGUCAUGAAGCAGUCCGAGGAAAACAACAACCUGCAGAACCAGGUGCAGAAGCUGACAGAGGAGAAUACCUCCCUUCGGGAGCAGGUGGAGCCUCCCCCUGAGGAAGAAGAGGAAGAUGACAUCGAGCUCUGUGGUGCUGCCGCUGCUGCUCCCCCACCCAUUCCCCUUGAGGAAGAGUGCCCAGAUGACCUUCCAGAGAAGUUUGAUGGCAACCCAGACAUGCUGGUUCCUUUCAUGUCCCAGUGCCAGCUGUUCAUGGAAAAGAGCACCCGAGAUUUCUCCGUUGAUCGGGUCCGUGUCUGCUUUGUGACAAGCAUGAUGACAGGCCGUGCUGCCCGCUGGGCCUCUGCGAAGCUGGAGCGGUCCCACUACCUGAUGCACAACUACCCAGCCUUCAUGACCGAAAUGAAGCAUGUCUUUGAAGACCCGCAGAGACGGGAGGCCGCUAAACGCAAGAUCAGACGUCUGCGCCAGGGCAUGGGGUCAGUUGUCGAUUAUUCCAACGCUUUCCAGAUGAUUGCACAGGAUCUGGAUUGGAACGAACCCGCUCUGAUUGACCAGUACCAUGAGGGCCUCAGCGACCAUAUUCAGGCAGAGCUGUCUCACCUUGAAGUCGCCAAGUCACUGUCUGCGCUGAUCGGCCAGUGCAUCCACAUUGAGAGAAGACUGGCCAGAGCCGCUGCAGCUCGUAAGCCGCGUUCCCCACCUCGAGCACUGGUGUUGCCUAACGUCUCAGGCCACCAGCAGGUUGAUCCAACUGAGCCCGUGGGAGGUGCCCGCAUGCGACUGACCCAGGAAGAAAAAGAAAGACGAAGAAAGCUGAACCUAUGCCUCUACUGUGGGAAUGGAGGUCACUACGCCGACAACUGUCCUGCCAAGGCCUCAAAGGCUUCACGCGGGAAACUCCCCGGCCCCGCUGUAGAGGGACCUUCAGCGACCGGGCCAGAAAUAAUAAGGUCCCCACAAGAUGAUGCCUCAACUCCGCAUUUGCAAGUCAUGCUCCAGAUUCAUCUUCCCGGCAGACACACCCUGUUUGUCCGAGCCAUGAUUGAUUCUGGUGCUUCUGGCAACUUCAUCGAUCACGAAUAUGUUGCCCAGAAUGGAAUUCCUCUGAGAGUCAAGGACUGGCCAAUACUUGUAGAAGCAAUUGAUGGACGUCCCAUAGCAUCAGGCCCAGUUGUCCAUGAAACACACGACCUGAUUGUUGACCUGGGAGACCACCGCGAGGUGCUGUCAUUUGAUGUGACCCAGUCUCCCUUCUUCCCAGUUGUCCUGGGGGUGCGCUGGCUGAGCACACAUGAUCCCAACAUCACAUGGAGCAGCCGCUCCAUCUUCUUUGAUUCUGAAUAUUGCCGAUACCACUGCCGAAUGUAUUCGCCAAUACCACCACCACUCCCACCACCAACGCAACCUUCAUUUUACUACCCAGUAGACGGAUACAGAGUUUACCAGCCAGUGAGGUAUUACUAUGUCCAGAAUGUGUACACUCCAGUAGAUGAGCACGUCUACCCAGAUCACCGCCUGGUUGAUCCCAACAUAGAAAUGAUACCUGGAGCACACAGUAUUCCCAGCGGGCACGUGUACUCACUGUCUGAAUCUGAAAUGGCAGCGCUGCGAGAUUUUGUGGCCAGAAAUGUGAAAGAUGGGCUGAUUACUCCAACAAUUGCACCUAAUGGAGCCCAAGUUCUUCAGGUGAAGAGAGGAUGGAAACUGCAGGUUUCUUAUGAUUGCCGAGCUCCCAACAAUUUUACAAUCCAGAAUCAGUAUCCACGGCUCUCAAUUCCAAAUUUGGAUGACCAAGCUCACCUGGCAACAUAUGCUGAAUUUGUACCUCAGAUACCUGGAUAUCAAUCAUACCCUGCAUAUGCUACAUACCCGACCUACCCAGUAGGAUUCGCCUGGUAUCCUGUAGGACGAGAUGGGCAUGGCCGAUCACUUUAUGUGCCCGUGAUGAUCACCUGGAAUCCUCAUUGGUACCGCCAGCCUCCGGUACCCCAGUAUCCACCUCCACAGCCACCGCCGCCGCCGCCACCACCACCGCCGCCGCCGUCCUACAGCACUAUGUAAACACUUUCCAUGUCCUUCAGGAUCUCUACCCUCAAAAUUGUUUCCUGUUCAGCUUCUCAGCCAGUGACUGUGCUAAACUGGUUUCUGUAUCUUUAGGCCAACCUGAGGCAAGUCCUCUCUGAAAUGGCUGUAGAAGGUCAGAACCACUCUGGACUGGCAUGCAUCUUAACAACCAAAAGUCUUUCACCAUUUACUGGGAGAAAUAGGGUAUUUACCAACAAAUCCUCUCUCAGUUUUCCACUUGUACUGCCAAUCUAACUAAAAUCCACGUUUACUUUGCAGAGAAUCCCGGAAAGAAUGGGUUUUACCUGCCGAAUACCAUCUGAAUCAUAGCUGCCAGAUUCCUCAAUGAGCAUUUACAGAGAAGCUAAUGUAAAUACAGGAAAUUCUGUUUUUUUAAUGGAGGGAGAGAUGAAGAGGAGGAGGAGGAGGACAUGACUUUUCUUGCAGUUUCGGUACUCUUACGUAACUGGAGAACCGACGCCUUAUGAAGGAAGCCAAAAUUAUUGGUGCAGUGUGAAAUGGCUUCCGUGAUCUUUAUGCUGCACCCUUUGAAACUUCACCAUCUUCAAACUCCACUUUCAUGGUUCCGUUAAUUCUCAAGGAGCAGCAAUUGACCCAGGAGCAGGCAAAACCCCUGCAACAGAAACACCUCAGGCCUGAGAAGGAAGUGCCCUCUCAGACAGACUCUUGCAUGUUAAGAGUGUGCCUUCACAUCCUGGUGCAAAUCACAUGUACCCAAGAACUAUGGCUUUAUCACAACACCUUACCAUCAUCAUGCCAGUAAUGGCUUCCACAGUGUUCAGCCUGGUAACCAGAGACUAUUGGUAGCUCCAGGUGUGAUAGAUGUUUGUGAAAUGUGACCACCUAUCAUUCAUGUAUGAGGGCUAAUGACUGGCAAAU